AUGGCGUUCGGAAUCGUGAUCCCCGCCGUGGGAGCCGCCGUGCUCGCGUUUAUUCUUUAUGCUGUCGUCUUCGUCGGAAGGCGAGAGAAGGGUCUUCCACCUGGACCACCAACAUUACCCAUCAUUGGAAAUCUGCAUCAAAUACCCACCAAGGGCUCAUACUUAAAGUUCACAGAAUGGUCCAAGACGUACGGCGGCAUCUUCUCGCUCAAGCUCGGUUCUGGGACGGGCAUUGUAUUGACAGACCGACGACUCGUCAAGCAACUUCUCGACAAGAAAUCAGGCAUUUACAGUAAUCGACCGCACAGCUAUGUGUCACAUAAUCUCAUCACAGGAGGCGACCACGUCCUCAUUGCACACUAUGGGAAAGUCUGGCAGAGAUACCGCAAAGUGAUUCACCAGCACUUCAUGGAGACAAUUGUGAUGAAAGAUCAUCUCCCACUGCAACAAGCAGAGGCAUCGCAACUGCUGUAUGAUUAUCUGACCAACCCUGCCGACCACAUGUGGCAUCCAAAACGUUUCACAAACAGUAUUGCUUGUGGGACGAUCUGGGGCGUGAGAUCUCCGACCGCCAAUACAAGCCACAUGAGACGCCUAUAUGAGUUGAUGGAGCAUUGGUCAGUUGUCAUGGAGCCUGGAAACACCCCACCCGUGGACAUAUUCCCAUUCCUGCAUUGGAUCCCGGAGAAAGUGUUCGGAAACUGGCGCACACGAGCAAGUGAUGUUGGUGAUGCCAUGAACAGUCUCUACAACGACAUGUUGACAGGCCUCGAAAAGCGAAGGGAGAAAGUCGGUCCGAAAUACUCCUUCAUGGACAGGGUUCUGGAUCAAAAGGAGAAACUCGAGCUGACUCGCCAUCAGCUUUAUUUUCUCGGUGGAACCAUGAUGGAGGGAGCCAGCGACACUAGUUCCAGUAUCAUUUUGGCUGCUGUUCAAGCAUUCGUCAAAUGGCCGGAAGUCAUGCACAAGGCGCAGAAAGAGAUUGAUUCUGUUAUGGGCGAAGAUCGAUCACCUGUAUGGGAUGAUUACGCCCGCCUGCCAUACAUAGCAGCAACGGUCAAGGAAGCACACCGCUGGCGCCCAGUCGUGCCACUUGCUUUUCCGCACGCACUUGACGAAGACGACUGGAUUGAUGGUCAUCACCUCAAGAAGGGAAGCGUUGUCUUCAUCAACGCCUGGGGCCUUCAUCACGACGAAGAGCGCUUUCCUGACCCCCAACGGUUUGACCCCGAUCAUUACAAGGGAGUGACCGCUCUGGCUUCAGAGCUAGCCCAGUCAGUGGACCCCAAAGAUCGAGACCAUUACGGCUAUGGAGCCGGUCGACGACUCUGCCCGGGUAUUCAUCUCGCAGAGCGGAACCUGUUCCUCGCGAUUGCGAAGCUCCUGUGGGCCUUCGACUUCAAACCUGGAAAGGAUGACAAGGGCAACGACAUCAUCCCUGACACUAGUCCUACUAGCGGAUAUAGUGAGGGGUUCUUGGUAUGUGCGAAGCCCUAUGAGCUUGAUGUGAAGGUCAGGAGCGAAAAGAGGAAAGACACCAUCAUCAGGGAGUAUGAGGCUGCCAAAACUGAUUACUUCGCAAAGUUUGAUGUCGAGUCUUAG